AAAGAAUGAAUAUAUAGCCAUAAUAAUAAUAAUAAUAACAACAACAAUAAUAAUAAAACCCUCUGCUUUUCAUUUCACUAGUACUCCUAGUUUUUCCGCCGAUUCCUUCUUCCGCCUCCUCCCCCCUCCCCCUCCCCCUCCGUCUCCUCCCCCGCCGCCGCCGCCUCCUCAUCGCUCACCCCGACUCCGCCCCUCUCCCGGUGAUCUUCGAUGGCGGCGCCGGCGCUAUGGCAGCCGCAGGAGCAAGGGCUCCGCGAGAUCUGCACCCUCCUCGAGGCGCAUAUCUCCCCCAACUCCGACCAAGCCCGCAUCUGGCAGCAGCUCCAGCACUACAGCCAGUUCCCCGACUUCAACAACUAUCUCGUCUUCCUCCUCGCCCGCGGAGAGGGGAAAUCCAUUGAAGUUAGACAGGCUGCUGGCCUUCUACUGAAAAAUAAUCUGCGAGCGACUUUCAGUUCCAUGCCAGUUCCAUCCCAGCAGUAUAUUAAAUCUGAGUUGUUACCAUGUAUCGGGGCAACCAAUAGGGCAAUUAGAUCCACAGUUGGAACAGUGAUCAGUGUACUUUUCCAAAUUGUUCGAGUUGCUGGGUGGAUUGAGUUAUUUCAGGCCCUGCACAAGUGUUUGGACAGUAACGACUUGGAUCAUAUGGAAGGUGCUAUGGAUGCUAUAUACAAGAUAUGUGAGGAUGUACCUGAGGAGCUUGACAUUGAUGUUGCUGGUUUGCCUGAACGACCGAUCAAUGUAUUCAUGCCAAGGAUACUGCAGUUUUUUCAAUCACCACAUGCAAGUCUUAGAAAACUAGCAUUGGGCUGCAUCAACCAGUACAUUGUGGUGAUGCCAUCGGCACUCUACAUGUCCAUGGAUCAGUAUCUUCAGGGAUUAUUCAACCUUGCAAAGGACCCUUCAGCAGAUGUCCGGAAACUGGUUUGUUCCGCCUGGGUUCAGCUCAUUGAAGUGCGGCCAUCAAUUCUGGAGCCACAUCUAAAAAAUGUUACCGAAUUGAUCCUACAAGCCAAUAAAGAUUCAGAUGAUGAGGUUGCUCUGGAGGCUUGUGAAUUCUGGUCUGCAUACUGUGAUGUUAGCAUGCCUCCAGAAGGUUUACGGGAAUUCUUGCCACGAUUAAUCCCGACAUUGUUGUCGAACAUGGUUUAUGCUGAUGACGAUGAGUCACUUGCUGAUGCUGAGGAAGACGAAUCCUUUCCGGACAGGGACCAGGAUUUGAAGCCCCGCUUCCAUGCCUCUCGAUUGCAUGGAUCUGAAACUGGAGAAGAUGAUGAUGAUGAUGAUGCUGUAAAUGUCUGGAACUUAAGGAAGUGUAGUGCUGCUGGAUUGGAUGUCCUGUCUAACGUGUUUGGCGACAACAUCCUUCCAACUUUAAUGCCUUUGAUUGAGCAAAAUUUAGCUCGAACAGAUGAUGAUUCUUGGAAAGAAAGAGAAACCGCUGUUUUAUCUCUUGGUGCUAUAGCAGAAGGAUGCAUUGCUGGUUUAUAUCCCCACCUUCCUCAGAUUGUUGCCUUCCUCAUACCACUUCUUGACGACAAAUUUCCUCUUAUACGGAGUAUUACAUGUUGGACUCUCUCUCGGUACAGCAAAUUCAUUGUUCAGAGCCUUGAUCAUCCAAAUGGACGCGAACAAUUCGAUAAGAUUCUCAUGGGAUUGCUCAGAAGGAUAUUGGAUACUAACAAAAGAGUCCAAGAGGCUGCUUGUUCAGCAUUUGCAACUCUUGAAGAGGAAGCUGCAGAAGAAUUAGUGCCACACUUGGAAGUGAUUUUGCAGCACCUCAUGUGUGCCUAUGGAAAAUACCAGAAACGAAAUCUCCGGAUACUCUAUGAUGCUCUUGGUACUCUUGCUGAUGCAGUUGGUGCAGAACUAAAUCAGGCGAAAUAUCUAGAUAUAUUUAUGCCGCCUUUAAUCACGAAGUGGCAGCAACUCCAAAAUUCUGACAAAGAUCUAUUUCCUCUCCUUGAAUGCUUUACAUCUAUUGCACAGGCAUUAGGACCAGGGUUUGCUCAGUUUGCAGAACCAGUGUUUCAAAGGUGCAUCAAUCUUAUCCAAUCCCAACAGUUGGCAAAGAUUGAUCCUACGGCAGCUGGCUCGUUGUAUGAUAGAGAAUUCAUUGUCUGCUCAUUGGACCUACUGUCAGGACUCGCAGAAGGUCUUGGUGCUGGUAUUGAAAGUCUCGUUGCACAGAGCAAUUUGAGAGAUCUACUUUUGCAAUGCUGCAUGGAUGAGGCAGCAGAUGUUCGACAAAGUGCUCUUGCCCUCCUUGGAGAUCUUUCUAGGGUUUGCCCAAUACAUUUGCAUCCACGCCUUCAAGAAUUCCUUACUGUUGCAGCAAAGCAACUGAGCCCUCAAUCCGUGAAGGAUGCUGUAUCAGUCGCUAACAAUGCUUGCUGGGCUAUUGGAGAAUUAGCAAUCAAGAUUGGCAAAGAAAUCGAACCUGUGGUGAUCAAUGUUGUUUCUUGCUUGGUUCCCAUUCUAAAGUCCCCAGAGGGUUUGAACAAGUCACUUAUUGAAAAUAGUGCCAUCACUCUUGGGAGGCUUAGCUGGGUCUGCCCAGACAUCAUGGCCCCUCAUAUGGACCAUUUCAUGCAAGCGUGGUGCAGUGCCUUGUGCAUGAUCAGAGAUGAUUUUGAGAAAGAGGACGCGUUUCAUGGCCUGUGUGCAAUGGUGGCAGCAAACCCUUCAGGAGCUGUGGGUUCACUAGCUUACAUCUGCCAGGCCUGUGCAAGUUGGACUGAGAUCAAAAGUGAAGGUCUUCACAGUGAGGUGUGUCAGAUUAUGAAUGGCUACAAGCAGUUGCUUGGGAACAGUGGGUGGGAGCAGUGCAUGGCCACCCUUGAACCAGCAGUUGUGCAGAGAUUAGCUCGGUACGGAGUAUAAGCGAUGGCGAGAAUUGAGGUCUUGUGAUUUAUUUACCGCAUCCCAGCAUUAUUGUGGAGACAGAGGAGCAGGAAGAGCCAUGAAGCUGGAUUGGGCAAGCCUGUCUGUCUGGGGUCAUCGAGUGUGAGUGUGAAUGCAUUCUACAUGUAUUAGCUUCUUGUGCGCAGUUGGCUGGUUGGCUGGUUGGGGACUCCCAUUGUAGACUGAUUAUUACUCCACUAGUUGGUGCGGGUGCACAGCACAGCAUUACCACAGAGGAGCGAACGAGAUGGACAGAAAUAGUAGUGGUAAAAGAAUAUUUACCUACCACGACAGGAUGCUGAGAUUUGUAUUGUUUGGUUGGUCGAGUCAGUGGACUUGGUUUUGUUUUGUCAUUCCACUGGCAAAAGCGUGUAAUUGUCUUCCUUUUUGGUCGGUGUAAGAUUGUGCUUUUGGUCUUGUUGACAGGAAGGAUUGUAUAAUCCAUUCAUUUGCCUCAUAAUAAAUGAUUCAUCAGGUCUCUUUCUCUCCUGCAAA